CUCUAUUAAGCGCAACUUUGAUGUGCGCCCCUCAUAUCAGAAUCAUAUCUCUAAUGAUCGACCAGCCUCUGCUGCACCUGCCUAGCAUCCAGGCUUUUUACUGCCUCCAGCGUUCACCUGGCCAAGUUUGACUGCGCCUUGCUCCAAAGCUGUUCCCAUAAUGCCGACGCCCGCAUGUGACUGCUGCAAUAUCAGAAAGGUCAAAUGCCAUGGCGACUAUCCAUGUGCUCGUUGCAUUGACAACGGCCUCACGUGUACCUUCCUGAGACGGCGACGGAAGAGCGGACCUCGCAAUAUUCGACCAGGGUCCAUGGUAAAGAUAUGGGAGGAGCAAACUGUGUCGGCACUUCUCGCCAUGGAGGAAACGCACUCCAUCGGACCAUAUAUGCCUGGGCCUCCUCCUGUCCCCCAUCGAAUUCCACUCACUCUUCUGAGCAUUCCUUUGCGAAUGUAUGGGGAGAAAUUAUACGGCAUAUGGCCACUGCUCAAUGCUGAGAAUCUUAUCCAGCGACUCGAGGAUGACCCGAGUAACCCUGAGAUCUACGCGCUUGCCACUGCACUUUCUGGAGCCACUUUGUCGAAUUUAAAUCAAGUUAUAGUCCACAAAUCGCUCAUGGAACCCCUGGUAGCGGAGUCAUUUAUCACGGAGGCCAAACGGGUACGCUCAACGUUUGACUACAUGGAACCGGUCACACUCAACACAACUCUUACAUCAUACUUCCUACACAUUUUCUAUGGUCGGCAGCCGUUACGCACGCAAACAGCCAUUUUCUACAUUCGAGAAGCGAUCACAUUUGCACAGCUAUACGGCAUGCAUAUUGAGGAUUCUUAUUCACAGUACCCCAUUAAGGACCAACAAGUUAUGCGAAAGCUAUACUUCUUGCUUUUCAUGACUGAGCGAUACCUCUGCAUCAACGAUGGUAUUCCGACUGUUCUUGAGUCCAUUAAUCUGCCCAUUACCGAGAACGAAGAAACUCCUGAAGUGGUCUCAGGAUUUCUCAACCUCGUCACGCUAUUUAGCACUCCUGGCACGGAUUUCUUCAGCAAAUGGACUUCACACAGCUCAAACGUCUCAAUCAACAGGGAACGCCUAUUGUUGAUACAGCACGCAUUACAGCGACCUUUGGAGAAUCCCGAUUAUUCCAACGACAUACAAAAAGUUGAUAUUAUCGUUUCUCAACACUGGAUGAGGUCGUUAGCUUGGAAGCUAUCAAUACAAUUGGGCUAUGUGAUGCUGAACAGCAAACGAGAAAUGAACGUCACAUACCCUUUGGAAAUUGCCCAAGAUGCGCUUGGUGGGUUGUCCAAAUUUUCGCCUGAAGCUUUUGAGGCACAUGGGCCGGGAAUGGAGGUGAAGAUAUAUGAAAUCGCCAAUGUGCUGGCCGAUUCUAUUCUGUGCAAGCCGGAAGAACAGUCUUCCCUGUUGGUUGGACCUAGGGAAACGCUUCAAUGUUUGGCUGGGAUCUUGUUCUCCUUUCAAGUCAACAACCCAGACUUGAGGAGUAAGCUGUCAUCGAAGCUUGAUGUGAUUCUUGGGCGAUCUAUGGUCCCGCGUGGUAUCGAUGCGGCUGAGAAGGUCAAUGAAUUCGAAUGCGAUGAGAAUGGAUUCUCACCGAGUUUGUUUUUGCCAGUGCCUGACGAGUCUCUAGUAUUUGCAUGACUGUCCGCUCCCGGAUUUUCGUAUAUAGAACUAUAGGAUUAUGAGACACUUGAAGUUAUAUCUUCG